GUUACGUUUCCCCUCCUGGCUCUCCCGCACAAAAGCUCUCUCCCGGGGCCGGCUGUCGAGCAACGAUCGAACGGUUCGUUCUUUUACAUCUGAUAUUCCAUCCCAAGUCCAGACAGUAGCCGCGUGUCAACCGUCAAUCCAUAAAUAAAGCUACACAAACAUAAUUCAAAAAAUGGCAACCACAGCAUUAGCACAAGAAAAAGUCUGGCUUGACAAAUCCUCUUACGACAAAGCUGAAUGCCUGCAUCACGAAAAGCUUGCCAAGGUGCUGCCUCAGAAGAUUAUGGAUCACAAUAACAUUACAGUAAAUUCUAAGGAAGAAGUAGACCCAUUAAAAUCAUCAUUAAAGGCUUCUAAAAACUCUAAAAAGAACAAGAAACUUUCUUUUCAAGAAGAAGCGAUACCUGAAAUAUUGUCGCAAAAUAUAGUAGAUAAUAAUUCUAUAUCUGUCAAAUCAGCAUCCAAAGCCUCAAAAAAUUCUAAAAAAAAUAAUAAGACAAAAGAAGAGGCGAUGCCUGAAGCAAAAAAAAUUGUUGAGUCUGUCAAUAACAAUGGCUUGAAAAAUGAAGACUCUAAUAACAUGCCCAAUGUUAAUACAAAUACCAAAAAGAACAAGGCUAAAGAAGCCAAAGAGAAAAAAAAUAAGGCUGAUAAAAAGACUAGAAAUUUAGAGGAAGAUAAAAACAAUCAAGAAAACAAAGAACAGUUAUCUAGCCAGGGAAGUCAACCGUCCGUUUGCUCAAUCUCUCCUGCUGGUGGAAGUUUAGCCAACGAGGUCGCCAAGGCUCGCCAACAUAUUAAACAGUCUUUACAGUGUAUGGAUGGUAUCGCAGCUCUUGCUGGAAUUUCUGAUAAAGACGUUGCAUCUCGAUUAGUCAGUCUUGAAAAGGAAAACCAGGAUCUUCGUAACAUCGUCCAGGAACUCAAGAACGUUGUCACGAAGUUGGAUAGCCGUGUAAAAGACUUAGAGAUUAAAGCAGCACCAUACUUAGGUCAAGUUCCUAAUCUUCAGAUUUGCCCUCAAAAACCAGAGUCACCGAAAGAAAAAGCUGCUCCAAAAGAAGAGGAAGAUGAUGAUGUAGAUCUGUUUGGGUCAGAUUCUGAGGGUGAGGAUGCUGAAGCAGCAAAAGUCAGAGAGGAAAGACUGGCAGCUUAUGCAGCUAAAAAAUCCAAGAAACCUGCUCUUAUUGCCAAAUCCAACAUUAUCUUGGACAUCAAGCCAUGGGAUGAUGAGACAGACAUGAAAGCAAUGGAAGCUGAAGUACGAAAAAUCACAGCAGAUGGUCUUUUGUGGGGAGCAGCUAAAUUGGCACCGGUUGCUUACAAUAUUAAGAAGCUCCAAAUCUCUUCUGUGGUAGAGGAUGAUAAAGUAUCCGUUGACUGGCUGGUCGAGCAAAUUCAGGAAAUUGAAGAUUACGUUCAGAGUGUUGACAUCGCGGCUUUCAACAAAAUUUAAGAAAAAUCUGAUUAUUUUAACUGAUUAAAUUUUAUUUUCUAAAAAAAGAGUUUAAAACAACAGUCUUGUUCAAAGGUGGACAUGUGAUGCCAUUAUUUUGUUAUUUCAUUCCACUAGCAAUACCAAAACUAAUAAAUAACUCUUGCAAUACAUAUAAAGCCAUUUUGACAGCAAUCUCAUAGCUUACAAUUUUAAAAUAUCGUUUUCAAAACAUAGAUGUAUAUCCUAGCUUUGAAAGCACAUACUAUGUACAUGAAAGCUCCGCCGCUUAGAAAUUCAUAUGAUGUUGUUUUUAUUUAAACGUAUCACUACUUUUUUAUUUUUAAUGGUAUAAAGAUUGUGUUUUUAUAAAUGUAUAAUAGACAAUUUUUUAAAAUUAUUUUUUCAACAUAUAGAUAAUGUUCAUGCACAAAUCGUUUCAAACUCAUUGAAUUAUAGUUUAAUAUGUAAAAAACUGAAGAUUUGUACGUACUAAAUUGCUUUAAUAAAAAAAAAUAAAUAAAUAAGAACGAAUUUAAUUAAAAAUUAAAAAAAAA